AUGAUUAAGAAGAGAUCAGAUCCUCUUGUAAUUGGUAAAGUGAUUGGAGAAGUAGUUGAUAGCUUCUCCCCCACUGCCAAGAUGUCUGUUAUCUACAACUCCAAAAAUCAUGUUUACAAUGGCCAUCAUCUUCUUCCUUCCACUCUAAUCUCCAAACCUAAGGUUCUACUUCAUGCUGCUGGAGAUUUCACUACUUUUUUCACAUUGAUCAUGACAGACCCUGAUGUUCCUGGUCCAAGUGAUCCAUACCUCAGAGAGCACUUACACUGGAUUGUGACAAAUAUCCCAGGCAGCACGGACUCUUCAUUCGGAAGAGAAGUGGUUAGCUACGAAAUGCCAAGGCCAAACAUAGGAAUACAUCGGCUGGUUUUUAUUCUGUACAAGCAGAAGAAAAGGAUGCAGUCUGUGAGCGUCCCUAUUUGCAGAGAUGGAUUCUGCAGCAGAAAAUUUGCCGAUGAACACGAAUUAGGGCAGCCUGUCGCAGCCCUCUUCUUCAACUGCCAACGUGAGACCGCUGCUAGAACACGCUCACUCCUAGAACGUACUGCUCCUUAA